AUGCGCGAGGCCGUGUCUCGAAAUGCCUUCGCCCUACGCUUUGCAGGGCCCCGGGCGACAGAAUGCAAGGAGCUGGUCUUGGACGCUGUUCAGGUAGAAGGUAUGGCCCUGCUUUAUGCUGGACCUGAGAUGCGAGCUGACCGCGAGGUCGUCCUUGCCGCUGUGCAACAGGACGGCUGUGCGCUGCUGUGUGCCUCCCAGGCUCUACGCAUGAACCGCGAAGUUGUGCAAGAGGCCGUACGGCAAAAUGGCUUGGCGCUGCAGCAAGCCAGCGAGGAGCUCCAAGCGGAUCCCGAGCUGCGGCGCGAAGCUGAGGAGGCUGAGUCUCGCCGGGGAAAUCCGCGAAGGCGCCUCGAGAGCACGGAGAAGGAGUCUGGCUGCCCAAAGACCACUUGCUGGAGCCAGGGGACCUCCCACGACUUCAUCACUCCCCGGCGUCAGCGCUGUGAGGGGUACGCGCAGCAGCCCACCACGACCGUGGCCACGCUUUAG